GUGUGGAGCCCUUUCGGUUGACUACAGGAGAGCUUGCUGGCCUAGCCAAUAUGCUGGACCCGCUCCAUCAAGCAAGACUUCAGGGUCUUGCAUUUCUCAAGAGAGCUUUGCGUUUCUUGCCAGACUGCAUUUGGGCCCUAGUGGAUAUGAAUGGGCAUGAGAGUUCAUGGGGUUAUACGAGCUUGCAAGAUUGCCAGUGGCUUCGUGAAAUGCUGCCGAAGUGUAAUUGGCCUCCGCAAGAUGCAUCUUUCGAGCAAUGGAGGCAGUAUGCUCGUGAAUGCCCAGAAUGGAAGAAACGAGUCAAGCAAGCAGGUAUGGCCAUGGUCCGCUUUCUGUUUCGGAACGCCAAGCAUCGAGUCUGGGAAUUGCAGAUGGAGGAUCAGUAU